AUGUUUUGUUGUACUUACGUGGGUCUUCUGAGUUUUCGUUUGCGAUUACACGGUCUUUCUCGACUCGAACAAAUUUGUUGGAACAUGCUGAUUGAAGCUGCACAAUCUGAGACAAGCAAUUUAUUUCUACAAUCAGAACCUGUAACGGAAAAAUGUCGGGAAAAAGAAAAAAGACUUCACAGCAAUGUCUUCGACCUUACAUCUCUAGACACACUCAAUCACGUGACAUCGCUGAUUGAAAGAACAAAUCUAAAUAUUUCUCUUAAGUUUUUUGUCGUUGCUUUUGAAAGUUUUGACUGUUCCCAUUAUCUUAUGACUUUUAAAUAA